CGCCCGGCGCGGGCGGUUCCGGGGCGGCGGCGGCGGCACCGGCGCAUGGCGGCGCUUCCGCUGCGGGCGCGGCGGCACCAUGAACUACAUGCCCGGCACGGCCAGCCUGAUCCAGGACAUCGACAAGAAGCACCUGGUGCUGCUGCGGGACGGCCGGACGCUCAUCGGGUACCUGCGCAGCAUCGACCAGUUCGCGAACUUGGUGUUGCACCAGACUGUGGAGCGCAUCCACGUGGGCAAGAAGUAUGGGGACAUCCCUCGGGGCAUCUUCGUGGUGAGGGGCGAGAAUGUGGUGCUGCUGGGGGAAAUUGACCUGGAGAAGGAGAGCGACACGCCUCUGCAGCAGGUGUCCAUCGAGGAGAUCCUGGAGGAGCAGCGGGUGGAGCAGCAGGCCAAGCAGGAGUCAGAGAAGCUGAAGGUGCAGGCUCUGAAGGAGCGAGGCCUCUCGGUGCCACGUGCUGACACGUUGGAUGAGUACUGAGGGGCUGCUCCUCUCCUACAGGGAGCCAGGGCUGCUCCAGGACUCCCCUGGGCAGGCACACACUGCCUGGAAAGGCAGGUUUCAUUUUCAGAUUGUCUUUUCCGUGGUGCUGGUAACUGUACACAAAUCAUGCCUUUAGUCUCCUUCUGGAGAAGGAGAUGAGGAGGGCCCAGCGCACUGGGAGUGCAAGCAUUUGUGUUUGGGAGGCAAAUCACUGCUCCUUGGCUUUGUUUGCUUUUUUCCUCCUCACAUGACUCUGGGUGAGAGUUUCCUUGACAUGUAAAUAAAUCCUUGAUCCUGACAUC